UCGAUCCAUAAUUCGUUCUACGACACCACCAACCUGAAUCGUCCUGGUUCCGGCACUGCCGAUUAGCUCUUCGGGGUUCGCUUCCAUCGCCUUUUGCACGCGGGUGGUUGGAGAGGCAAACGCCGCAAUCCUCGCUCUCUUCUCUAUCCCCGUGUCUCUCCCGGACGCACCUCGCGUCGCGGUCAAUUCAAAACUUUUUCUCGACAUCCCAUCCUAAUACUCUCCAUCUCACUCCCACUUCCCGCCCUCUCCCACCUCGAGCCAUCCGUCCGUCUCGAAUGUCAAGUCAGCGCGACAAGGCUUCCGCUUCCGUGUAAGCCGCCGUUUCUCCAGGCCUCGCGGGCCAACGCCUUCGCCCAUCAUGAUCACCGCCGCCGACCUCUACGCACGCGACGAGAUUGGCUUUCCCGCCGGCGCAAACGACACCGACACCGUGAUCGGUGGCGUGCAUUACAACAAGACCACUCUCGAGCACUUCAACUACACUCUCUUCGACAACCAGACCUUGUCCAACGGCAGCAAAUGCUGGCUCAUCCAGGAGCCCUAUGCGCCUCCGCUCUUGUUACAGAAUGGCACCUUUAUCAACCACACCGACUGCUACUACCCAGUUGACCCGAUCCGGGAGCGUGGCUUUACUGGCAUCGGCAUGGCAUGCGCGUUCGGCGUCGCUCUUGUCCUCAUCCUCACAGUCCUAGCGAAGCACGGACGGCAUUAUCUCCCCGUGGAGAAACGGUUCACCCCCAUCGGACGGAGGUGGCAGUGGUACUGGGGCUGCUUCGUCUGCGCCUGCGCGCUCAUCAGCCUGUUCCUCAACGUCGAGGUCGACCGGUACCGCGUGCAGCAGCUGCCCCUCAUCGUGACGAGCUUCUUCUGGUACUUGAUGUGCAUGGGCACCACGUGUGUCGUGUGGGAAGCGGUUCGCCACUGGGGCAGCUGGCUCGAGAGGCAGUACGUUGAUCCCAACCCGUUUGCGCUGUCCGAGGACGAUCGGCGCGCCCGGGUCGAGUUCUUCCUCCCGCUCAUCUUCUACUUCUUCACGUGGAUGAACUUUUUCAUGGUCAUUCCCCGUAACUGGACGUUUGCCCAGAAGCAGCGCUACCCGUGGCAGACCGAGAACGUAGCGCGAGUGGCGGCGACCAGCAUCCGAUUCAAGAUUGGCGCAUUCUUCCUUUUUGCUUCCUGGCUGAUAAUUUGCUUCUCACUGUGGCACUCGAUCAAACACUACAAGCCCCGCAACCGCGGGAUCAUUAAUCGCGGCGUCGGCCUCGUCAGGGCGAUUCCCCUGCGCUUCCUUUUACUGAUCCCCCUUCUUCUGAGCGUCAUUGGGUAUCAGGCCCUCAUCUCCUUUGACUUUGACUACUCUGUCAUCAAGAAGGAUGGACCUGUCCCCAUCAUCUAUGGCUGGGGCUAUGGGGCGCAGCUCCUCGUCCUGAUCGUCCAGAUCGCCUACGGCUUCGCCAGCCCCAAUGAGGACAAGGAGCUCAUCAGGCAGAGAAGGGUGCGCGGCGAGACCCUGGACAGGGAGUUGGGUCUCGUCCGCAAGCCUGCCUGGUGGCGCCGUGUCAAGGGGGAGCACAUUGUCGGGACCUUCCGCGACAAGCUCCUCAAGAACGUCCAAGAAGUUGGUCAAGGACGGGGUGUCGGGCGACGGGCCGAGGGUGACAUGGAGCGGGACAUCCGCGAGAACAUGGAGUCCGAGGCUCGCCAGGACGACGGCAUCAAUAUCGAGAUGAGCAACUACGGACGCAGAAAGAGUAACAACAGGGAGGAGUGGAAUCCUCGUGCUGACCUGGCUGGCGUGCACAGCAUGGACCGUGGGGACGAAUUGGCCCGCGGCAGCAACCCCGAGAACCAGCGCGUUAUGGACAUGGCCUCGAGCCUGCUGUUCCCCGAUCCCGCCGAGGUCGAGCGCCGGGAUCGCGAGGCCGAAGCUGAGCGCAUCCGUCGACUCGCCUAUCUUCAGGAAGACGGACCUCCGCCAGCCUACAGGGACGCGCGUGGCAGGGGCUCGACGAGCAGCCAGCGGCCCGCGACAAGCGAGCGCAGUAACAGUACUGCCACAAGCAAUUCGAUCAAUGCGCCGCCCACCAAGGUGCGCAGCAUGUUGGAUAUUUGAUGGACAUGACAGUGGUACGACUGGAGCAUGUAUGACUGGCACUUGGUAUGUGUGGCGUCGGAGUCCUUUGAUGGGAGGCAUGGCAUGUUUUUGGCGUUUUAUGUUUGUAUCUCUUUGAUACUUUGAUGACUACGCAAUUAUAACAUAGACACGGUCAAUCUUUAUUCGCUUCGUACACCAUCACCAGGGGCUCUCAUCCGGAGAGGUUGAAGGUGUGCAUUAUCCGCACAUGUGAUCGGUUAGUCUACCUAGGAGUCGGCUUACCCGGGUGCAAGAGGCAUGGACCCUUACAAGUUAGACUCUUUCUUGCGAGA